AUGUCCUCCUCUCCGCCUUCGGCCGCCCCUCCGGCCCCCUCCCCGGGCACCCCCAGAGCGCCGCCGCCGCCGCCGGCCGGAACCCCUCUGUCGCCGACGCGCAUCUCGCGGCUGCAGGAGAAGGAGGAGCUGCGGCACCUCAACGACCGCCUGGCCCACUACAUCGAGCGGGUGCGCGCCCUCGAGCUCGAGAACGACCGGCUGCUGCUGCGCGUCUCCGAGAAGGAGGAGGUGGUCACGAGAGAGGUGCGCCGCGGAGGGAGGAGGGGCGGCCUACCUGGCCGGGCUGUUGUGCGAGAGAGUCCCGCCCCUCUGGCGGCCCACCUCGCGGGGCUGUCGCGCCUCGGGAGGGGUUCGCGAGGGCGACCUCGGCCAUCCAGCGGGUCGCGACAGCCCGGCGGUGGGGGCGAGAAGAGCCGCCGCCCCGGCAGCCUCCCUUCGCCACGCCAGGCGGCUCUCCGUUGCUGGCGAGGUCGCCCCGAGGGCAUCUAGCUCACCCCGGGAGUCCCAGGAGCAGAAGGGGCGGAUCCUUCUGGCGGUUUCCGGGGGGGGGGGCGUGGGUGUGCAUGUGUGCUGUCCUCGGGGAUCGCAGGAUCUCCCCUCGCGUCGGUUUCUCCCCGCUGCCGGUCCCUCUCAGCCGCUCCCUCCCGGCUUCUUCCCGCCAGAGAAGCUGCUGCCUCUUGUUGCUCCGCUCCGCUCUUGCUCUUUUCUUCCCUCCUCCUGCCUCGGGGCUUGGGUGAGACAGCUGGUCGAAAGCUCUUGGGAGGCCCAUCUUAACCCAGCGGCCUCCCAGAGCCUUUUCUGUGCUGGUCCCUUCAAAAAGUUCGGAAAGCCUGGUGGGAGAAGAAAAGAAGAAGCUGCUGCCUCCUUUGUCGGGAGGCAUCUGUCAUCGCCUGCAUGCCCCUAGCUCAGCUGCUCCCUUGCUUCCUUCCCGCUUGAGCAGAGAUGGGGACCCCAUGGCCCUGCAGGUGGGGCUGGGCUUCCCGCUCCUCUGGCUGUGGACAAAGCCUUGUGGCAAAGUGUCCUGUUUCCUGGGGCAGCCUUGAGCUGUGCCAUUUCAGAGCUUCAGUUCUGCUCAGGGAUGUCCUUGGCCUCCCUUCCAGAGUGGCUGGAAUAUGGACAGCACGCUUGGUCUGCUUUUCCCAAGGCGUCCAAAGCGCCAAAUAAGGACCCAAUCCUAUUGCUAGGGCAACAUUUCUUUUUAGUGGUUGGCUGAGCGCUUCAUGUUGCUUCUAAUGACACUGAAUCAUUCUAUGGGCAGGACCCCUCAAAAUGGCAGAGUUGCUGAGAGGUAGGCUGUUCAGAAAGGAGCAGGAAAAAGCAUUUCUGGAGAAAUAGGGGCAGGAGGAUGAAGAUAAUAGAUGUUGCUGCUCAGGGAGGAGAAAGUGGCUCCCACACUGCUCUUCUGCUGUGGCCUUGGCCUCUUUUGCCCCUUUCCUGCUGUGGCCUGGGGGGGGCUCUUCUCCAUGCUUUGGAGGGGGGCAAAUGGCACCCACCCUUCUGCUGCUCUGUAUAUUCCCCAGAGGCAGGUGGGGGUACCUGAUUCUCCCCUCUGUGCAGGUGACCGGCAUCAAGGCCCUCUAUGAGUCAGAGUUGGCGGAUGCCCGGAGAGUUCUUGAUGAGACGGCCAGAGAGAGGGCCAAGCUGCAGAUUGAAAUUGGGAAGCUGCGAGCAGAACUUGAUGAGCUUGCCAAGAGGUAAGGGAAGCCAUGCUGCCAGGAUGCUUAGGAGUGAGCAUGUCUGGGCCGGAACACGUGUUGCGCACUACCUACUGUGAUGUGCUUGUCCCCGCCCACCAGCUGCAGGGGAAGGAAGCAGGGUGGAAAACCCUUUUCAGGCCACGAACCACCUUCUGAGGGAGCCGCCUGUGGUGGGAGGGGCUGGCCACCCACACAUCAGAGAUUGCUGCACACACAUGUGCACACACUCCUUCCCCCACCCUUUGUGCAGGGAAGGCAUUCUCACAGUGUGAGGAUGCUUUCCACCCAGGGAGAGAUUCUCAAGGGACACAGAGAGAGAUCUGGAGGGCUGAAUUUGGACCCCAGGCUGCAGGCUUCCCAAGGCUGGUCUUGAGGCUAUCUGCUUUCCCUGCCUGCUGCUUUCCAGCAGGAAAGCAUUCCCUCUCCUUAAAUAUUGUGGAAAGAAUCUGGGGGGGGGGGGAGCAGGCUGGAGAAAAGGAUGCUAAGAGCCCACCAGCCCACACAUACACUGUUUUUUGCUCCAAAUUACACCCCCACCCCAGGAGCUGCUUCCCUGCAGAAGGUGUGGCUCUCUGGAACUGUUUGCUGCACACCUUUUGCGUGUGACAUGAAGUUAGGACCAAAGUUCUCACAAGCUCUUGGUGAGUUCGUUAGCCAGCCUUCAUGCUGACAUGGGGAAUAGAUUUGGGACCCAGUGGGUGCAGAUCUCCGGGUUUUUUUCAGGAAUCCACGUUGAAUGAAACAUUCUCUGCUUGGAGGUAAAGUUGCAAGACAAUGGAGCAUGGACGCUAGGGUUUAUCCAGGGUUAGUGUUGCUUAGAGUAGACCCACUGAAAGUAAAAGACACGGCUGACUUUGGUCGUGGGUCUCCUCUGAAUAAAACUGAGUUGCUGACAAACCAUUGACUUCUCCCUGGUGUGUAAGUUUGGCUGCUCUGCUUGUGGCGAGUGCCAUUUUUACUGUCCUGGAUAUGAGCUUUUAAAAUCCUGCGCUCGCUCAGUGGUUUGCUGCUGCAUCUGAAAGUGAAAUUCUGCUCUGGUCAGCUGCCAGAUGCUUAGCAUAUCAAGGUCUUGCUUUCUGCAAACCUGGAAUGAGGCUCCAAAUACUUUGCCCUCUGCCUUGCACUGCCUGCGACUCAGAUCAGAUAUUGGUUGGAGGAAGAACGAGGUUUUCUGUGCUUAAAACAAAGAAACAUGCACUUUAAAAAUGAUGCACAUGUUACUUCCCAGGUCCUUCCAAGUCAGUCCUCUGAUGGGAUCCUGCCGUCCUUUUUUAAAAAAAUAAGAUUUUAAUAAUAGUUUUAAAAAAUACAUUAAGAUAAAAGAACCUAAUCUAAAUAAGAACAAAACAGAAAGGGGAAAGAGAUCACAGUGUCCUUUCUCAAAAUCAACCCUUAACUCUUGUCUCACACAGAAAGUGAGCGGCCUUCCCAGCUCGCCCCUGAGAGCUUUCCUUCUCACAAUCUUUUACCUGGUUUUAAAAAAAUUUUUUAACCUGUUUUAUUAAAUUUGCUUUGUAACAUAACGUUAUUAUAUAUAUUCUAUAAGACACAGAAUAUAAAACAAAAUUCAUACUACAGUGCAUAACUACAUAACGUUAAUAUAUAUGGUUUCUGAAAAAAGGCUUACAUAACAAAAUCAAUUCAAUCAAUUUUUUUAAAAAAAUAAAAAAUUCCUCCAAACCCCCCCCCCCCCCAGUCAGGCCUUCCUUCUUCAUCCAUGUACACAGUCUGUUCAUUCGAGCUUGUAUGUUAGGGUUGGCUUCCCCCCUUACAGUUCCUGUAAAAUGCCCAUUUAUUUGGGCAUUUAUUUAUUAUUUUUUGGCAUUUAUUUUCCGAUCUAUCCUCUACCACUAUAUGUGCAAAUAUUUCUGAUUGUACGUAUUUAAAAACAUAAUCAUUCCAUUUUUCCAUAUUCCAUUUGGCCUUUUUUUUCCAUCCCAAAGCAAUAACUGCCAUUCCAGCUAGAAUCAUAAUCUUGUACAACUCUUGCUUAUUACUUUUUACUUUGUUAUUUCCCAGUAUUCCCGAAAAUAACAAAUCCCUAUUAACUUCUAUGUUUAUUUGAAAUAAUCCAAAAAUUACCUUUAUAACCUUUUGCCAAUAUUCCGUAAUCAGAUUACAUUCCCACCACAUGUGUGAAUAUAGUCCUUUUUCCUGACCACAAUGCCGUCAUUUGGGACUAAACCCUUUCACUAUAUACACCAUUUGUGCCGGAGUUCUAUACCAUUUUAAUAAAAAAUUUCUACUUAAUUCUUUAUACUUUUCUAUUUUAAUAUUUAUAUUCUUCAUCAGUUCUUGGGCCUUGUUUGGGUGGCUCAUACCUUCCUGCUCCCAUUUAAUCUGAAUUAUCCUUUUCAUUCUUUGUCGCCUAUCAUCAGUUUAUAUAACACCCCUGCUAUCCCUUUUUCCGUUAUUUGUCUUUUGUUCAGCACCAUAUCUAUUUUCAUUUCUGUCCUCAUUGUUUCCUCUGCUCUUUCUGUUUUUAUUAAAUCAUAAAGUCCUUGCACUUUCUUUUUUUUUUUUAAAUAAUCUUUAUUGCUUUUAAAACUUACAAGAAAAGAAAGAAGAAAAUAGGCUAAAGAAAAAGACAAAAUAGAGCAGAGAAGAAAAAAAAGAGAAAGAAAGGAAAAAACAAUACAAUACAAUAAACAAUACAAAACACAACCUUAACACACUAAACUAAACAAAGCAAAAGAACAACAAUUUAAAAACAUAUCAUACCAUUUCAUUACUCUAUCUUUCAUUCCCUUAUUCCAUCGACCUCCUCUCACCUCCCUUUUUGUAUUCCACUUCUAUUACUUGUUUCAGCAAUUCCUUUCCAUCUUUCUCUAUUUUUAUCAUUAUGAAUAUCUUAACAUAUUUUGUACCUUAUUUUCCAUUAAUACUGAAAUACUUAUGCAUACCUAGCUCCUUAUAACAUUUCUGCUAAAGCCAUAAAAUUUCAUUCCAACAAUUUUCUAGCACUCAUUAAAUUUACAAUAUUUCUAUAUAUAAACUUUAAACUUUCCCAAUCUUCUACCACCAUCUCUUCUCCCUGGUCUCGGAUUCUGCCAGUCAUUUCCGUCCAGGUUCAUCAACCUGGAGAUCUUCUGUCCGAGGCUCUUAAAUCUUUUCCAAGUCCCUUCUGUAGUUUUUCUUCAUAUUCUUUGAUGCUGAGGGUGCUGAAGCGCAGGUCUUGGGGGGCCCCCAACCCAACCAUGCCCCCAUUCCCUCUCGACAGACCAACCAACUCUCCACAGCUUAAACCAGUGUCCAUACAAUAUCUCAAAUCAUGUUUCAAGGCUCCCCCAGAUCCAAAGGCCCCCACAACUCCAAUCACCUCCUGACCCAGAUUCAGGACCCAAAGGUCAGUAAAUCUCUGCAUGAAAGAGUCUAUCCAACCUUCCUUCUUCAAUCCAAACAGGGCUCCAAUCUUCAAAUUCUGACUUUUUCUAUAUUCAUUCAUAAAAGGCCUCCACUUAUAGUCCUCAGUUUGCCUCUGUAAAACUGGGGCUUCCACUUGUAUUAUUUUAGGUUUAACAACAUUAACAUUCUCCUUCGUCUUCUCCCCAGUUUGUCCUGUCAAGGUAGGUUCCUGUGUCAAAUCCUGAACAAUUUCUGUAUUAAUGGUCACUUUUUGUUCCAAAUUAAUCACUUUUUGUCCCAAGUUCUCAAGUUUGGUAUUCAUAGCGUCCGUCUUCUUGUGGAGCUGUUCCAAUGAAUAGCUUAUCUUACAUAAUACAGUCACUAAGGCUCCUUCUGUCAACAUUCUUAAAGUCCAAGGUCGAUCUCUAUUUCACACAGUUCUUAUCUUGCAACUGGAAAAACCCCAGCUCCACUCUUGUAACUGUUUCAAAAGCUCCCUCUAGAGGGAAACAGUCUCCACUUAUAUCAAUCCUUUCAAACACAGUUUAAACCAUAAAGAUAGUUUCUUUUCCUACUUUUUAAACGCAGAUGAGUACAAUGAAAACAAUAUAUUUCUCUUAUUGCUAGCUGUUAAAAAACGUCACUCUUUCUGGCAGCCCGUUUCCAGGUUCGGAGCAGUGGUAAUUUGGUUUUUCACUCUCUCCUGCAGGCUCACUAGGUCCAAAAUUUCCCCCCUCUUCUCCUGCUUCCAAGGGGGGUUUAAUAGUUUUAACUGAUGGAGAUUUAAUCCUUUACAAAAAUAAACUUUCCAAGGCUUUAACUUGCAACUUCUUUGCUUCAAUCUGUUUACAAAAAAGGAAGGCGGACUUCCUGUUUAGAACCUUCCCGUUUCGAUGCCAAAUUAAUGAAUUUAAGGAUCUAAUUUUCCGUUCUACUCACGGGUAGUUGUUUAAAAUCCAAUUGUCCACAGGAAAAAGUCAGCGCUCUCCGGCAACAGCGAUGCGGCUUCACUCCGUGAAAGAAGCAGUCAAUUCGAAGCACCGCGCCACUCACCCCACUUCGCUCCGGAUCCCCAAAUCAGGGUUUCCCCGCGAGUAGGGGAGGCACAAAGGGUGCCAGCCGAAUCCCAAGUUCACAGGCUUCUCCCGCCUGUGAUUUCAGUGGGUCUCCGCCUUCGCCGUGGCGGUCAGACCCUAAUUUCUGCGGAGCAAAUUCCUCCCGAUCGGAGGAACUCCGCCAUUGCCUGGAGGCGCCAACCCGGAAGUCAUCGUUUCCGUUUUUAUUAAAUCAUAAAGUCCUUGCACUUUCAGCCAAUAUUGUUUUCCUAUUUUUUCUAAAAAAACCUUUUUUUUGUAAUUAAAUUCCCUUCUUCAUUGAACAUAUCUUUUAAUUUGUAAAAUCCCUGUUCUUCUAAUUUCUUCCACCUUUGACCCUUGCAUAUAUUUUAACAGCAUCCACCUUGAGUAUGUUGGCAUGCAUUUCAUAUUCCAGUUCUUCCAGAUUCCUAACCCAGUUUUCCUUGGUCCUAUUGUCUCUUAAAAGCCGUAUUAAUAUCUCUAUUAAAUAUCCCUUCUCUUCCUAUUCCUUCAUUUAUUUCAUUCUCCAGCCUUAUCCAUUUAAUCCUAUUCUUAUAUCCAAUAUCUAUUAGAUUUUUCAAUUGGAACGUUUCAUAGUAAAAUUCUUAAGAUCGGUAUUCCCCAUCCCAUCUCUUCUUGAGAUGAAUAAUUUACUAUGUCUGAGGUUCUAACUCUUUUACUUCCAAAAAUCCAAUUUUUAAAUACCUUAUUCAUGUUUUGAACCAUAUUUUCCUAAUGGGUAGUGUAAUUGCUUGAAAUAAAUAUAAUAAUUUCGGUACCAGAAAGAUUUUAACUGCUCUAAUCCUACCUAGAAUAUAUAAAUUCUUAAUUUUCCAUGAUUUUAUAUCCUUCUUGAUCUUCCUCCACGCUUUUUUGUGAUUUACAUCUGAAAUCCUUGCAAUAUUUUUAAUAAUAUUUACCCCCAAGUAUUUAAUUUCCCCCCUAUUGAUAUCCAUUAUUCUCAUUUUUGCAAUUUCCUUCUCUUUAUUUACAUUCCAAAAUAAAAUUUCAGACUUCUCCAGAUUUACUCCCAAUCCUGACUCCUCUUUAAAGUCCUUCAGGAUUAUCAUAAGUUCUCUUACACCCUCUAAGGGACAGUCUUUGACCUUGGGAGGUCUUCCCUUCCCUGCUUCUCACUCAGGAUCCUUCCACUAUCCAGUAGGACCCUGCCUUCUCUUGGACAAUGUACCCCACAAAGCAGGAUCCUGACGUGUGUGGACUUAUCGAGGUACGGUGGUACCUCAGGUUAAGAACCUUGCUUCAGGAUGAGAACAGAAAUCGUGCUCCGGCAGCGCAACGGCAACAGGAGGCCCCAUUAGCUAAAGCGGUGCUUUAGGUUAAGAACGGACCUCCAGAAUGAAUUAAGUACUUAACCCGAGGUACCACUGUAUAUGCUCUAUGUCCACACACCCAGAACAAGCUACUGAGGAAUGACACUAUUCUACCAGACGCAAAAGUCUGUAAAAGCAUAAGGUCCGAGUGCUCUGGCCUCCAUGGGGAUGGGUGACCCACUGUGGCAGUCCAGGUGAGGGUGAGGUUUGGAAAGGUCUGGGAAUCUGUUGGGUCGGCGACAGUUACUUUUCCCAGUAGCUAGGAUCUCAAGGUUGAUGUUACAGGUACUAGUUUCUGUGGAGGUCCCCUUUCCGGUGAAGCAGUGGCAAAGGGGUCCUUUGGUUGGACCUGUUAGGUGAGUAUUGGUGAGUAAGGUUCAAAGCAGUUAAGUUCCAGGAGGCAAUGUCUCCAGAGUGGUAUUGUUCCAGCAUUACAGCUACUGGUACUAGCAGAAGACUUUGUUGGAGGUGGCUGGGUGCGUGAGCGCAGAUCCAACAGUUCUGGUAGGAGUUUCCUUAGCCACCUGACCAAGAAGUUGGAUGUAGGAGUUCUGUUCCCAGGACGAAAGGAGGUCUUGCCCUAGGAAAGAAGGGUCAGCACCAAGUUGUCAAGAUGCAGUGCCAAUUGGGUGUAACGGGUCGGUGGUGUUCAGGAGGUGUCUGUCCUUAGCAAUUCCCCCAUACCUCAAAGGGCCAGCAUUGUCCUACACAGGGGUGUGGGAGGGGCUUAUGGGGUGGUACCAGCCCUCUAAGGACUCUGCCCCUUUCCAGUCCCGAGUAAGUCUGAGAUUCCAUAAGCAACAGAAUCUUCUUAGGCAAAGUCCUUGCAGCUGAGGUUUCCUUAGUUCCUUAUAAAGACAUUGGAAGCCAAUGAUCAGAUUUUCGGAGGGGUGGUGAGAAUCUGUACAAGCGUGGGUAGCCCCUCCGGUUUCAACCUCGGUCCAAUUUGGGUGUUUGGAGAUCUCCCCCUGACCGUAAAGUAGAUAGGUCCCGUUGGUGCACCUCAGGUGGUAAUACUGAUGGUCAAGGGUGAGAAUGGCAGACCCCUGUAUAAAGAGUUCCGAGUACUGGGUACUACUAAGUUUGGGUAGUAAUGAGUGGCGCAACAGAGUUCGUGAUUCAGAGUUCGAAGGCAAAGUCCCCCAUUCAGUCAGGUUUGGAUUUGUCCCCUGAAUCUGAUUAAAAGGCCGAGGAUCAGUUCCAUGUUCGAUUAGCUGGCAAGGCAAGGAGAAUGGAGUGGCGACUGGUAAACCGAUGCAGCUGUCAAAAUGAAGUGGUAAGCUGUCAAACAAGGGAAAUGCAGCGGCGAGUUGUCAGAACAAAGCGGGGAAAUGAAGCGGCAAGCUGUUACUGGCGUUUGAGGCGUAGCUUGAUCGCAGUCGCGUCUGGGACAACUUCGGAGGUCCAGAUGUGCUCGGAGGGGGUAUCUGGUCUGGUCUGUAGGGCCCGAUCCUGACCCCGAUCUGGUCCGGUCUGUUGGGCCCGAUCUUGACCCCAACCUGGUCCGGACUGUUCCUUCUCCUCGUCUAUGUAGGAGGUUGCAGCAGGAGGCGGGGUGACAAAGGUGUCUUCUCCCUGGCUCUUCUGCACCUCCUGGGGUGGUUGGGCUGCCUUGCACCUCGUGUGGUGUAGCCAAGCGUUCUUUUCUCCAACCUUCACGGCAGUGGGUGAGGUAAGAAGCACUUGGAACGGACCCUCCCAAAAUAGCUUCUGGUACACCUUUACCAGGCUCCAGUCCCCUGGGUGGAAGGGGUGUUCUGGGACGUUGAUUCUGUCCCUCUACGGCAGCAUACUUGUGGAGAUGUUGCAACCAUUUCUUAAGCUGAACAACAUAAUUAAUAAGUUCUGCUUCCCCCACAUCAAGUUAUGAGAGGGGAAAUAGCAUGUUAUAAACGGGAGACCUUGCCAACAAAGGUCCGUAUAGUAAAAGCUAUGGUUUUCCCAGUAGUGAUGUAUGGAAGUGAAAGCUGGACCAUAAAGAAGGCUGAUCGCCGAAGAAUUGAUGCUUUUGAAUUAUGGUGCUGAAGGAGUCUCCUCUUGAGAGUCCCAUGGACUGCAAGAAGAUCAAACCUCUCCAUUGUUAAGGAAAUCAGCCCUGAGUGCUCACUGGAAGGACAGAUCAUGAAGCUGAGACUCCAAUACUUUGGCCACCUCAUGAGAAAAGAAGAUUCCCUGGAAAAGACCCUGAUGUUGGGAAAGAUGGAGGGCACAAGGAGAAGGGGACGACAGAGGAGAAGAUGGUGGGACAGUGUUCUCGAAGCUACCAGCAUGAGUUUGACCAAACUGUGGGAGGCAGUGGAAGACAGGAGUGCCUGGCGUACUCUGGUCCAUGGGGUCACGAAGUCGGACACGGCUAAAUGACUAAACAACAACAACAAAACAGGGGAGGGUCUCCCAAACAAGAGUUCAAAUGGGGAUAGUUUCAAAGGUCACGUGGGAGCGCUCCGAAUAGUAUGGAGAACUAGUGGGAGCGCAUUAACCCAUUUUAGUCCGGUGGUACUACAAAGGUUUUCCAGUUGAACCUUUACCUCCUGGUUCAUGCACUCUACUUGCACUGAUGAGGCUGGGUGGUAGGGUGUAUGGAGCUCCCACUUUAUCCCAAGAGCUCAGGCCACCUGUUGGAUUACUUCUGCAGUAAAGUGGGUUCCUCUGUCGCUGUCCAGUUGAUAGGGUACCCCAUAUCGGGGAAUGAUGUCCUGUAAAAGGGCCCUGGUGACUACUGAAGCGGUUGCUUUCCUGCAAGGGCUUGGCCCCCAGGUGAAGGUGAAGAGGAAUUGACUUUCAGGGGCUAGAGGGAUACUGAAGAAUGCAGAACAUAGAUCAGCAGCGCUGUACAAUGUGGUUCCUGCUUGGAUGGCAUUUAGGAGGGAAUUUGGGUUGCCCAACAGCAGGUGGCGUAUUACAAGUUGAUUUAAGUUGAGUUAAGUAAUUUUCUGCCAAGGAGGUUUACCAGGCUACUGGUUAGAAGGAAGGUGUGUUCCGCUAGGAAGGUUCCCAAAGUAACCUUUGCUGGGUGGGAGAGUGGACACGUGCAGGGUAUCCCGUCCAGCCCCAUAACCUUCCUGGUCUCCAAUUCAGGUUCAAGGUGACUGAGGGUUGAGUAUGUGGUUCCCGUAUCCAGCAGCCAUUCGUAGCGAUGCCCAUUGAUCUCAAUCGUGCAAAUAGGGUCUUCAGGUGAUAGUGCACGGAUGGGGCAGAUGGUUUGGGUUCACUCGGGAUACCCCGCUAAUUGUCAAUAAAACUCUCCUCCCAUCAUUAUAUCGAAAGGAGGAGGUGGCAGAUCUGGGAGUGGAGGUGCUUGUUGGUGAUAGGGUGCAGCCGAAUGGCCUCCGUAUCCCUGAGUGGUAUGAGGACAGGAUGGGAAAGAGGCAUAAUUAUUGCCUCUCAUAGGGAGGAGAUUUAAAUUCCUGCCCCGGAAGUUUCCUGUGUUGAGGUAUGGGCAGAACUUCUUUAUGUGUCCCUCUUCUUGGCAACGAUAGCAACCCCCUCCGGAAGGGCCUCAGGGUCUGUGUAUACUAGGGGGUUCUCGUCCCUCCAUCAUCUGGUGCCCCUACCCCAGUAGGAAGUGGGUUCCAUGCUCAGGGCUAGCACAUGUUCGCUCUCCUGCUUGGGCUCUUUUUCUCUCGUCGCGGGUGUUAAAGAUAGAUUUUGCUAUUGAUAGAUGGAAUCUCGCUUAUACUUUUUCCAUUGUAGCCAAUCUGCAGGUUGAGAGCCUUUCUAAUAUCUGUGUUGGCUUGAUCUUUGAAGAAACCCUUCACUAUGACUUCAUGCUGGGAUUUUUCUGGGUCUAUUCAUCCCCAAGUCUUAAUAGCUGAUACAAGCCUCGUAUAAUAGUCAGAGGGAUGUUCAUUUGGUCCUUGUAGGAUGGAUUGGACAUUGGUCCAAUUGACAGUAUGCUGCCCAACAGCUUUUAUACUGUCUAAUAUAGCCUUUUUUGGAGAUAUCUAAACACCAGAUCCCAUUUUCAGUGUUGUAGUCCCAGGUUGGCUCAUUUCGCAGAACGUGAGUCAUGAGUGCCUUCACCCCUUGGGGUCGGUUUGUCUGAUAGUCUGGGAGUUCUAGUGCCUCUCCUGCCUUUGUUAGGAUGUCUGCCUUCUCAGCUUCAUUAAAGAGAGCGUUCAAGAGAACGUGAACGUCUGGCCACGUGGGUUUAUGAGUGGAGAAAAUGGUGCUCACUUGCCGGUGGCAUUUAUCUGGGUCAUCUCUUAAGGAGGGCAUUUGGUUUGACCAGGUGACUAGGUCUGCAGUAUAAAAGGGGUGGUGUGUAUAUACCAUUCAAGGAGGUCCGUUAGCUUCUAAAGGUGGGAUUGGUAGUGCCUUUAGAAGCAUCUGAACCGCUGACUGGCUAGAGGUUCCCGGUGGCUCAAUUGGUUCUUCUCGUUGGAUAAGGUUUUCUGGUGUGGUGCCCUUUUUUGCCUUGGUUUGUUGGCAAGUGAGUACCUUGCUGGUGCCCCCCUGCUCCUCCUCCCCUUUGCUCAGUGUCACUGUCUGAGUCAUUGGUAGGGGCUGAUGGUGCUGCCCCUUGGUAAUAAAAGGGGAUCAGAGCCUGUUCGAUGGAGUCAUCGGUCGGGAGUCCCUUGUGGGGGGGGAAGGUUUUUCUGGUUUUAGCAGGGUAGUUGUAGUGAUGGAGCUUCGUGAGGAGCCUGAAGUAUUCCUCUAACUGCCUCAAAGGCGGCUAGGUACUCUAGUUGGCGAGGUUUCUCUUCCAUCAAGUGCUUUCUUGGGGAAUUUAAGCGGUCCCUGUUAAAGGAUCCAUCCGGUGGCCAGUGCAGUUCGGGUUUCGCGGAGGCUAUACCGGUGGGCCAGGACUCUCUGCAUAGAUCUUCUAACUUCUGCUUAGACUAUGUCCCAGUAUCAAUUUCCAAUAAGUUAGUACAAAUUCAAGAGGGGAGUCAGGGUCCCUCUGGGAUUGGGAUGGCUUCCGUGAAGCCUUCCUCCUGGAGAGAGCCCACUCAUGUUUGGAAGCUUGGGUACCCAUUUCUUAAUUCAUGCGUGUCUAGGAUAAAAAGGGGGAAAGAAAAGGGGGGUCGGUAAGGGCUCCAGUUAACCUGUAUAGGGGUUUUCUCACUGAUUCUUCUAUCCUCCGUUAACUAGCAAGUUUCACAGGGUUUCCCUCGAGUCCUGAGCUAUCUGGCCUCUUCCCCAGACCUUCGGCACUCAUCUUUCCUUUUUCCUUAUUCCCAGGGUGUUUUCUCACUCUGCCCUGUCCUGCCCAGUUCCUCCCAGGUUAUCCCUCCUGGUAAUCUACCUAUCAUUGCAAACUUAAGAAAAGGGACCUUACUGGAUGCCUGCACCUUGCGGUGCCAGCUCUGGCAACCCCUGGAUGGAUUUUUGAUCUGGAAUACCCCCCCCCUUGCUUUCAGAAGCGGGCUCAUGCACGAGACACGUUACAUGGCACGACUGGUGCGGCUGGGGUUCAGACAGAAAAGGCAGUCCCUUCGAGCCCCUUGCUUUCAAUAGGACACCCGUUUGCAGAGAGGUGGGUUUUUGAGCCAGUCCUCUCCGUCUUAUUUUCAGGCUCCUAAUGGGGCAGCUGGCUGGAAGUUCAGAAAAAGAGCUCCAGCCCCUUGCUUUCAAUGAGAUGCCCGUUGCAGUGAGGUGGGUUUUUGAGCCGGUCCUCUCCGUCUUACUUUUGGGCUCUCGAUUGGUGCGGCUGGCUGGAGGUUUUAAGAUAAAGAGAUGGAGCUCAGAACUCCCCUCUCGAGUUGAGCAGUGGUCCAUGGUCUCUCGCACAAACUGUACCAAGAGAAAGGUGAGGAAGAACGAUAGAUAAGAGGUCAGAGAAUUCAGUUGCCAGGACAUCACCACUCCCUUCCCAGCAGUGCAUUGGAUUUUAACCUAUACUUGCGCGUCUUCUGUUGUGAUCCCGGGAUUGAUGAAUAAGCCAGCCGGAUCUCCCUUUGCUCCCUGGUUUGGCCUCUCGAGGCUAAUUGAUUACCGCCCCUGAAGAUGGCCAGGGGUCCAAAGGGAUCUUCCCAGGCAAAAGGGGCCCGGUGCCAGAUGAAGAUUUCAGCCACACAGGAGAACCGCAGCCCCACAUUGGGUGCCAAACUGUUAUGGAAAAAUCUAGGUGCGAGGCUUCUCAGCCAUCUAGCUCGUCAGGCAGAGCCCUUGGGUCCCUGUGGAACAAAGAAGGAGCUCAGCCAACAACCGGAGCAAAUUGGUGAAGAUCCACAUUUACUGAGCAACAGGUUCAAAAGGAGAUUGAACCUCAAGGAUGGGGUGACAAGGACUUUUUAAAACUUCACACUAUCUCCCAAGAUACAGUUCAAAAAACAUCAUCGCUAUUAUAUCAUCACUACAUCAGAAAAGGGGAGGGUUAAACAUGAUUAACAUAUUGGGUACGAGGGGAAAACAUGCAAAUACAGGAUAUGUAUUGAGAAGCACAUUCUAAGUACCUACAAUAAGAAAACAAUAGGAACUUGGUUUGCAAGCCCGGAGGAAGGGCUUGGCCGGUGAAUUUGGCAUCAAUAGGGUAUUUCCUGUGUGUACGUGUUCUCUCACUUUGGGGUUUAUGGCGAGUACCAGGUGGUUUCCAAGUCCUCGGAUAAUAAAGCAGAUUGGCAGUGGAAGCCAAAGAAUUGGUGAAACUAGUGAUUUUCUAUGAAUUUCUAUGUGUUUUUUAGGCUUUUAAAUAUGGUAGCUGUCCAUUCAGAAAUGACUGGUUAUGCUGUAUCAAGUUUGAUUGGAUUAACAAGGUUACAAGGUUUCAAUAGAUUCAGUCCAUUGUUCUCUCAGCGGGGAGCUGUCAACAGCUUAUCAGACGACCAGCAGGUUAAAGGUGUACAGGUCGGAGCUAAACAUUACAAGCUAAGGGCCUUUGCAGAUGAUUUAGUACUUACUUUACAAGAGCCAGACACUAGUACAAAAAGGGUGUUGGAACUAAUCCAAGAAUUUGGCCAGGUAGCUGGAUUUAAAUUGAAUAAACAAAAGACUAAAGUUCUGGAAAAAAAUUUAACAGUCAUGGAGAGGGAGAAGUUCCAGAAUGAAACAGGUUUGACAGUGGUAAAGAAGGUGAAAUACCUAGGGGUUUAUUUGACAUCUAAGAAUAUGAACCUGUAUAAAGACAAUUAUGAAAAAUGUUGGUCGGAAAUUAAAAAAGAUUUAGAAAUAUGGUCAAAUUUGAAAUUGUCAAUGUUAGGCCGAAUUGCAGUUAUUAAGAUGAAUGUAUUGCCUAGAAUGCUAUUCUUGUUCCAAACAUUACAAAUUCUAGACAAGAUAGACUGUUUCAAGAGGUGGCAGAAGGAUAUUUCGAAAUUUGUCUGGCAGGGCAAAAAGCCCAGAAUAAAAUUCAAAAUAUUGACGGAUGCAAAAGAAAGAGGGGGGUUUGCCCUGCCGGACUUAAAACUGUAUUAUGAAGCAGCAGCUUUUUGCUGGCUGAAAGAAUGGAUGCUCCUCGAGAAUACAGACAUUUUGGACUUAGAAGGUUUUAAUAUUACAUUUGGUUGGCAUGCAUAUUUAUGGUAUGAUAAAAUUAAGGUGCAUAGGGCCUUUAAAAAUCAUAUUGUCAGGAAAGCAUUAUAUAACGUUUGGAUAAGAUAUAAAGAUUUGGUGGAAAGUAAGACCCCUAGAUGGUUGUCACCUUUGGAAGCUACGGCGUUGAAAAAGCUUAAUAUGGAAGCCGAAUGGCUAAAGUAUCGGGAAAUUUUGGAACAAGAUGGAGAUAAGUUGAAGCUACAGAGCUAUGAGAAAUUGAAACCCAAAGUACGAGAUUGGCUCCAUUAUUAUCAAAUAAUGGAGGUGUAUAAACAAGACAGGAAAAUUGGCUUCCAGGUGGAGAAAUCAAAAUUAGAAACUGAACUGUUAGAACCCAAUACUAAGAACUUGUCAAGAAUGUAUAAUUUGCUGCUGAAAUGGAAUACACAAGAUGAAAUAGUUAAAUCAGCUAUGAUUAAGUGGGCACAGGACAUUGGUCAUAACAUUAUGUUUGCUGACUGGGAAUGGUUGUGGAACACCGGUAUAAAAUUUACGGCAUGUAAUGCCAUAAAGGAAAAUAUUAUGAAAAUGAUCUAUAGGUGGUACAUGACUCCAGUCAAGCUAGCAAAAAUUUAUCAUUUGCCUGAUAAUAAAUGUUGGAAGUGUAAAGAAACUGAAGGUACUUUUUAUCACCUUUGGUGGACGUGCCCAAAGAUUAAGGCUUUCUGGGAAAUGAUAUAUAAUGAAUUAAAAAAGGUACUUAAAUGUACUUUCCUGAAGAAACCAGAGGCCCUUCUCUUGGGCAUUGCCGGCCAAUUGGUAUCAAAGAAAGACAGAACUUUUUUUAUGUAUGCUACGACAGCAGCAAGAAUACUUAUCGCAAAGUAUUGGAAGACAGAAGAACUACCCACCUUGGAAGAGUGGCAGAUGAAGGUUAUAGACUAUAUGACAUUGGCUGAGAUGACUGGCAGAAUCCGUGAACAGGGGAAAGAGACGGUGGAAGAAGAUUGGAAGAAAUUUAAAAUCUAUCUAAAGAACUAUCAUAAAAUUGAGGAAUGUUAAAAUGUCGAGGUUUGGAGAAAGAAAAGGAGAUUACAGCGACAUAAGAUUAAGUUGAAGAAAAAAAAAUAAGAAAAAUAUAUUUGAUAAAAUUAUUUAGAAUUUGCUGAAAUAAUUUUGGAAAUUGGGAUGUAGGAAGGGGGGGUUUGGGGGAGUCAGAGAAGAGAGGGUUAUGAAAAAAAGGUUAUGAAACUAUACAUGUUUGUAUGUCUUUUUAUUUGUUUGUAUUGUAUAAAACAUGUCUGUAAAAUCAAUAAAAAAAUUAUAUAAAAAAAAAAGAGAGCAAAUGAGGCGUGCAAGAGCUCGAGCUGAGCUGCUUCUGUAGAACCAAAGCGUUACAUUGAUUGGCUGGAGGCUGCAUUUGGCGCGGUCUGAUUGGUUAGAACGCAUCCUCAUGUAAAUAGAAUGUUCAUUCACAAAAUACACUGGCUGUUUAUCCGAUCUACUCAUGGAAAGAAUGGGGCGCAGGGAGGGAAAAGACACCAUUAUUUUCGGGGCUUGGGUUUCGUGUGGUGCUUGGUGCAAUACAGUGAAGGGAUUAGGGGGUCUCUGCAGGGCAGGGUGUCCUUGAAGUCAUUGCCUCGAGCCCUCCAAAGUCAUCCUUGGAAGUAAGACCUCAUCAAUAUGCCCCCCCUUCCGUUCUGUAACAAAUGUCUGUUGCAAUCUUCAAUGUCUGCUUGUUUGAUUCUCAUCUCUCUGCUUUCUAUUUCCAGGUGGCUUACCAGUUCAUCCAAUUUCUUAUUGAUGCAUGCGUUCUCCUCAGUAUUGCUCUAUUCUUUCUUGCAUUUGGUUCUUGUUCUCUAGAGCUUUCAUUUUGGAGGUUAGAUUGUUGCUUAAUAUCUGCAGGGGAGCCACUGUGGCCUUCAGUGUUUCUGCUAAUCUCACUUCCAUUUCCAUUAGUUGCUGGGUGGUCAUCAUCUUGAAGGGGUGUUGGGGUCUCAGCGCUAUUUGCCAUCUCCCUGGUUGGUGUCCUCUCAAUCUCUCUAAUGGUUUUGGUUUGAGUCUACUUGGCAUCCUCUUGGAGUAGGGCGUGUUGCGGUUAGGAGUUGUGGUGGUGAUGGUUCCUGGAUGUUGUUGGGUUGCUGAGCUGAACAGGCGUUGUUGACUGGUGGCUUUUACAGAGCGUUUGGGUUAGGUGGCCGUUUGUGUCGAGUCUAGGCUGUGUUUUAAGAACUUCUCGGGUUCACGUGGUCACCUCAGCAGUGCCACCAGAGUGGGGGGUAGGUAAGCUGACAGGCGUGUAGACCAACAGACAGUCGCAUAAAACGGGGUUGGGUUAACAGACAGAGAUGCGAGAGACCAGAGGAGUGGGCCAAGGGAAAAGUGUGUUUGAGGGAGGUUAUUUGUGGGUGCACCCAUGUGUACACACCUGCACACUUAUAUAUGCUAAAGGGAUACUAGGGUCCAAUGAAGGUGGAAGGCGGGGUUAAGAACAGGACCAGACAAAACAGAAUAUAGGCAAAGGGUGGAGGGAAAAGAGAAAGAAGAGAAAAGAGAGAAGAAACAAAGAAAAAGAAAAGGAGGGAAGAAGGGGAGAUUAGAGUAAAAUAAAAGGAAAAAGAAGAGAAAGUAGAGUAAUAACAGUGGUUAUAGAUUGCAGUGAUUUAGCUAUAGUAUGAGAGGGGAAAGUAUACUACAGUGGUAUGUGUGUAAGAGUAUGUGUUUUCUUUAAAGAGAGGGGGGAAAGGGGGCGGGGAUGUAGAGAGGGAGGGGGAGAGAGAAGGAAGAGGAGACAUGGGAAGAAGAAGAGGGGGUGGGGAGGGAGAGGUAACUGUAGCUGUGGCAGUGGUGUGGGGGGAAAAAUGUUUUAAAGGGGGGUGGGGGGGAGAAAGGGCUCCCCCUUCAAAAACAGACCGACACACAGGCUCUACUUCCUUUUUUUUAUACUAAUUUUUAUUGAUUUUCAAAUAUACAUCUAAUUCCAUAUCAAAAUUUUUCACAAAUUAUCUCUUUUGGACUUCCUUCAGCUUCUCUGACAAUCAUCCAUAUUUAAUUUUUGAUCAUACAUUCCCUUAUUUAGUAUUGCCUUUAAGUAUACCCUCCCAAUCAUAUUUCAUUUUGACAAUACUCCUCAAAUUUCACAGAACUUCUUGAAACCCCACCAGCGUUGUUUGCUCAUCGCAUAUACUUUUCAGAUACUCGACAAAUUUCCCCAGUCCUCGAUGAACUUUUGGUCACGUAGAUAUCUGAUCUUCCCAGUUAAUUUGUCCAGUUCUGCAUAGUCCAUCAGUUUCAUUCUCCAUUCUUCGAGCGUUGGUAAUUCCUCCUGUUUCCAUUUUUGGGCCAAUAAUAUUCUUGCUGCUGUUACUGCGUAUUGGAAAAGUUUACAGUCCUUUCUAUGUAUUUCAUUUCCUACCAUUCCUAAAAGAAAAGCCUCUGGUUUCUUUACAAAUGUAUAUUUUAACAUCUUUUUCAAUUCAUUAUAUAUCGUCUCCCAGAAGCCUUUCACUUUCUUACAAUCCCACCACAUAUGAUAGAAUGUCCCUUCUUUUUCUUUACAUUUCCAGCAUUUAUUACAUGUCUUAAACAUUUUCACUAAUUUUGCUGGUGUAAUGUACCAUCUGUAUACCAUUUUCAUAACGCAGUACAUAUACCUUUAAUGCAGUACAUGCUGUGAAUUUUAAAUUUUCCUUCCAUACCUUAACCCAGUCAUCAAACUGUAUAUUAUAUCUAGAUGUCCGCAAGCCUUCCGUGCCCGGCGGGAGGUCCCGCCGGGCGCGCAAGGCUUGGGGCGGCAGCCUGCAGCCCGAAGCACGGGGCGCACUGCAGAGCACGCCCCGUGCUUCGGGCAGAUGUCCGCAAGCCUUGCGUGCCCAGCGGGAGCUCCCAGGCUCGCAAGGCUUGCGGAUAGCAGCCUCUUCUGGGGUCGGGGGAAGCUCAGGCUUCCCCCGCCCCAGCCCCGCAGCUGGGGGGGGGAAAUAAUUUUUUUUUAUUCAUCCCCCCCCCAAAAAAACCCCCCCAAGGUGCAUCCUAUGAGCCAGUGCGCCCUAUAGGGCGAAAAAUACGGUAAUUUCCAAAUGUAGCCGUUCCCCACAAAUCUAGGAGGUAGUUUUCCUGUCACCCUUUGUGUGCGUGUAUAUACGCACACGAAAGACACAGAGGUCAUAUGUUUGCUAUGCAGGAACACUUCCCUUGCUGUCUGUCAGUUCGGCUCUGAUUGCCAGAGGCAGAACGACCUGGUGCUGCAAUGCUUUGAGGAGGUGCUCUGCCCAUAGCCCCAGGGUGAGGAGGGGCCAGAUCUUGCAGGAGUUUGUUACGACUCGGAUGACAGUGGAAGCUGCUUUUGAGUCUUCCUUUCUUUCCUUCCUUAGCUACAAAAAGAAAGAUGGGGAGUGGUCCACAUCUCAGGGCCGCAUCAAGGAGCUGGAAGUCCUCUUCCAUCGGAGCGAAGCAGAACUCACGGCAACCCUGACAGAGAAGCGCAACCUGGAGGCGGAGGUGGCCGACCUGCGUGCACAGCUGGCCAAGGUAAAAGGGGGGGGUUACCACAGCAGAGGCAGAGAGCAUCCUGAGAAGCAGCAGGGAAGGGGCCGUCUGCAGUCGCUCCAUAGGCAUCAUCUUCAUCCCUGGUUCCCGAUUUCCUGAUCCCAGAAUAGCCUGGCUGCGGGUCAGCUGUGUGCAAGGGCCUCCCUUGUCUCUGGGCUGAGCUCCUGCUGCUUUGAGUCUCUUGCUGAUGCUAAGAUGCCAAAAUGAAGUCCCGGCACCAGGUUCCUUGGCUCCAGUAGUCUGGCAGCGUGAGGAAGCCAGAGGCUGUUUCCCUCAUGGCCUACUUGGAACCAUGGGAGUCCUUGGCUGAGUCCUUGGGGUUGCCCCAAACUUGAACAAGGCCUAAGAAAUGCUGGCGUUUCAGCACCUGCCUGUAGCCGAAGGAACACAUUGGGAGGUUUCAUCCCUCCCCCUCCCCCCACCAUUUCUCACUCCAGGAGCUGUGUGGAAGCUGUUCCUCUCUGGACCAAAUUAUUCUUUGUCAGGUGCUGAAAUUUGUCCUCCUGUUUGCUCUGAUGGUGCUAAUGUGCCACAUGAGGCUCAUCUUGGACGGGGGGGGGACAGGGCUUCUCUAGGAGUUGCUGACUGCUGGUGUUUUGGGGGUGGAGGCACACUAUCUGGGACUCCCUCCGCCUACAUGGUUGAACUCCUUCCACAAGGAGUACUCAUAGUCAGUAUUUGCAUGUCUAAAUUGGGAGGCCAGUCUGCGGCAGUGCUGCCAACAGCAUAAGGUGCUGUGCUAAGUGCCUUCUCAGAGCCCCCAGCCACCCUGCUUGGUUGCAUCCAGCAAGGCUGUGGAGGCCUUGGCUCUGAAUGGGCUUGGAAAAGGCACAGUCAGAAUUAGGCCCCUAUGCAGCUGCUAGAACUGCAUGUGUGAAUUGAGGCUGACCAUGUCUCGUGUUGAGCCAAGAGGUUGGGCAGGCAGUGGGAAGUGUGCAGGACCCAUCUCCAGCACCACUCCCCUGGACAUUUGGACACUUGCUCCCCUUUCACACUCUCUGCCUUCAAUGCCUUUCCCAGUCAGAAGAUGGUCAUGCUGUGGCAAAGAAGCAGCUGGAGAAGGAGACUCUGAUGCGGGUGGACCUGGAGAAUCGCUGCCAGAGCCUGCAAGAGGAGCUUGACUUCAGGAAGAACAUUUUUGAAGAGGUAGAACCUGCUGCUGCUGGGUUGCUUGGGCUGCGGCUGCCAUUGGGUGGGGUGGGGUGAGUGGCAGGGAGGGAGAGGAGACAGGGCCCCCUUCUCCAUCACGGUCCUGCUGGGAUUGAGCUGUGAAGGAGAAGGGUCCCUUUGAGCAUGCCAGGGAAAAGUAGCCACCUAUCCUGCUGUUGGUGUUCCUCACAUUUGUCCCCACCAGGAGCAUUUUCCCUGAUGCCUUUUUUGCUUUGGUCACCAGGGAGCAGGGUGUGCACCCAAGGAGCUUCAUUCCUUUCCUCCAAGUCCCUCUCUUAUGCUGGAGGCACUUGUGUGACCCUGUAUUGGCGGUGGGGGAGCAGGAGUCCCUUCAGACCCCAGCUGGCAGCUCAGAGGUGCAAAGGGCAGGCUUGGUCCAGCACCCAGAUCACUCCCCAGCCCAGAUUUUGGGGCUGGAUGUGAGGUGGGGACGGUGGCACCUGAUGACUGGAUUUCCUGGAUGUCUGCAGUGGGUCAUGCCCACCCUUGGGACCUGCUGCUUGGGGCUGGGAGGCAGGAGACCUCUCCUACCACCCAAUUCCCUCUUGAGGUUUCUCUGCAUUUUAUGAAUCUUCCUGGAAUAGGCAUUUGCCAGCACUCUCCACCCCGAAUGGGCGUGAGAAAGUGAGUGUGAUGAUGUACCUCUCAGUCUUCCUGUUGUGUUUGGGCUGGUGUUUCCUGGACGGGGGCCUUGAGGAGUGGUCCUUGAGGGCCUUGGUUCCUGCAAGGGGUCUUGCGAGCCUGAGCCCUGGCCUGGGUUUGCUCCCCACUCUCAGGAGGUGCGGGAGACACGGAAGCGGCACGAGCGCCAGUUGGUGGAGGUGGAUAGCAGCCGCCAGCAGGAGUGCGAGUCCAAACUCUCCCAGACGCUAGAAGACCUUCGCCGGCAGCAUGACGAGCAGGUCCGGCUCUACAAGCUGGAGGUGGAGCAGACCUACCAGGCCAAGGUGAGGGAGGAGGCAGGUGCUGAGGGGGCUGGGAAAGGCUUGGCGUGGGAGGGGGCUGCUGUCCAUUUGGCCUUGCACUCCUUCCACGUCGGUGGCCAGGAGUGCUUCUGGGCAGCUCUGUUCAAGGGGCUUCAGGAGCUCCCUCCUCCUGGAAUCUGUUGCUCUCUGUGGUGUUCCUUGGCGUUGGGGGCGGGGGGGGGGGAGUGCCCAGUGCCUUGUACAGCAGAUCUCCAGGCAGAAGAGCCCUGGGAGCAGCCUGACGCUUUCCUCCAUCUCCCUUCAGCUGGAGAAUGCCAAACUCUGCUCCGAUCAGAACGACAAAGCUGCCAGUGCUGCUCGGGAGGAGCUGAAGGAGGCCCGCGUGAGGAUUGAAUCCCUCAGCUACCAGCUUUCAGGGCUGCAGAAGCAGGUGAGGUAAAGGGAGCCUCUCACACCCCCUUCUGCCUUCCAGUCCCAGCUCUGGACUGGCCGGGGCUGUCCUGGUCUCACAAAGCUACCUUGUACUACGUGUGCCCUUUUAUACCUCGCGGAGAAGCUCCUGUGUUUAUUUGUAGUAACUCCUUUCAGCUCAGGACAGUGUUUCUCGUAUGGGAUUGUUCAAGUGUUCCUUUCCAGUCGAUUGUUUCUGAGCCAGGCCUUCCCUGUGGGGUUGGCCCUGCCCUUGGGCUGGGUGAGGGAGGGGGUGCUUGCACAGUGCUUUGGCCCUAGCCCCCCUUUCCUUUCACAGUGCCCUUCCACCCGGGAGGCUUUCUAUCUCUGGGUCCCAGGCCAGUGCUAUUCUUUCUCCUGCAGGCGAAUGCCGCAGAAGACCGGAUACGGGAGCUGGAGGAGCUGAUGGCUGGUGAGCGAGAGAAGUUCCGGAAGAUGCUGGACGCCAAGGAGAGGGAGAUGACAGAGAUGCGGGACCAGAUGCAGCAGCAGCUGAUGGAGUACCAGGAGCUCCUGGAUGUCAAGCUGGCCCUGGACAUGGAGAUUAGUGCCUACCGGAAGCUCCUCGAAGGGGAAGAGGAGAGGUACGGAGGGAGGAAGCAGGGAGAGAGAGGAAGGAGCAGAGCGCACAUGGGUGCUCCUCUGUGUUGGGCAGUGGCGCCAGCAGCUUGGUUCUUUGCCUGGAUGGGCUGCAGGCCCUUCCCUCAUAGCUCUUGCCCGCUGACCCUCGCCUGCCUUUCCCUGCCAGGCUGAAGCUGUCCCCCAGCCCCUCAGCCCGUAUCACUGUCUCGCGGGCCACCUCCUCGUCCAGCAGCGGCAUUUCCGCCACCCGCUCCUCCCGGGGGAAGCGGAAGCGCCUGGAAAUAGCAGAGGAGCUCUCUGGCAGUGGCUCCAGCGGGUUGGGCACCAGGAGCAGCAGUGCCAGCAGUAGCAGCGCCUUCCAGACUUCCCAGCAGGCUUCUGCCAAGGGCAGCAUCAGCAUCGAGGACGUGGACCCAGAGGGGAAGUAUGUUCAGCUGAAGAACCGCUCUGACAAGGUAGGCUGCAGGAAGAGAGGUCUUGGCUCAGAAGCACUGUUGGGGCCUUCAGGCUUCCCUCCUUGACUGGCCUGGCCCUGGGGCUGGUUUUGCUGCUCCCUGAGUCCCGCUGCUUCUCCCUCAGGAUCAAUCUCUUGGGAACUGGAGGCUGAAGAAAAAGAUUGGCGAGGGAGAAGAGGUGGCUUACAAAUUUACCCCAAAAUAUGUCCUCCGGGCUGGGCAGGCGGUCACAGUAAGUCAUGGUUCUUUCCUCAGGAGAAAAGGCCUCCUCAUUGGAAGGGAGGGUAUUGGUUGCCCAGUAUCCAGAGACCUCCUCACGCUCUGCCCGCUUCCGUGCCCGACGCAGAACCUCCUUGGUUGUUUCCUGCAGCCUGUGGAGAAAAGGCUCCCUGCGACUGGGGGGGUGGUCCCUGCAGGAAGCCCAGAUGCCUCUGCCACUUGGAGGGCUGGCCAUUGGGGUCAGCUUGGAGGGCUGCUCCCUCUGGCGUGGUGAAGGAUCAAGGGUGCCCUGCCUGUGAAUGAGGGAGUCUCUUUCUUGCUAGAUCUGGGCAGCUGAUGCUGGGGUGGCCCACAGCCCACCUUCUGUCCUUGUGUGGAAGCACCAGACCAGUUGGGGCACCGGGACCAGUGUCCGCACCUACCUGGUGAACUCUGAUGGAGAGGUAGGUCCUCCGAAGGGGGGCACUGUGGGUGGGGGGGGGGGUGGAGGUGCUGGAGAAGCCAAAUAGUGAAGAAAAGGUUGCCUUGCUUUUGAUGCAAGGACAUGACAAAGAAGCUGCCUUUGAGCAUUCACUGAGCACCUGCUACACUCAACAUGAGCUGCGUUUCUCCUACUUCUUCUCAGGAAGUUGCUGUGAGGAGUUUGACUCAGUCAUCUGCUGUGCUGCAGGACAACGGGGAGGAAGAUGAGGAGGCAGAGUUUGGGGAGGAAGACCUCUUUCACCAGCAGGUAGCUGGAAGAAAAAACACUUCCACCCACCCACCAAGGGUUGAAUUGAUUGGGGCCUGACUGCAGCCAUGGCUUGGGGGUGGUUCCAAGGAGACAACGGGGUACCUUGGUCUCUCCCAAGGGGCAGCUGCGCGCGCUCUCUCUCUCUCUCUCUCUCUCACACACACACACACACAGCGAGGCUGAGCAGCUUAGGCCCAGCCUUUUAGUUAUCAAAGGUUAAGGAGUUGGGAGUUGACUCUGCUCAAGAAAGGAAAGUGAAGAAAUUGGCCAAGUCAGGAGUCUCUUCCUCCCUGGGGUGGCAGAGGGAGCGUUCCUGGGUCCUGACUCACUUUGAAAAGGGGAGGACUUGUGAGGGUAGAUUCUGGGAGGGAGGGACUCCCAGCUGCUCAUCUCUGCUGUGGGUGGUGCCCAGGAGCUGCUCUUCUUUCCUUCCUGCACCCAACUGGCUGUGGCACACACACCCUGCCUCUCUCUAGGGUGGUCGGUCCCCAAGUGGUAGAAGCUGCUAAGAGGACAGCUAGGCUGAGCUCUAUCCAAGUUGCCUCUCUGAUCUUUAGCCAGGGCAGGAGAGAGGGUUCUGCCGGGGCCACCUGGGGAGCUUCCUGAUGCCCCUCCUUCCUUCUCUAUCUCCAGGGGGAUCCCAGGACCACCUCCAGGGGCUGCACCGUCAUGUGA